AUGGACUACAGCGCCUCAAUCAACGAGUCCGAGGACCCGGCCGCCUCGCCUUGGGGCAAUAGCCCCGGGUCAUCGCCACAUCAUACACGCACCGGCUUCGCACCUGUUGCUGGCGAGAAUGGCUCCUCGCCGUUCCCAUAUAGCCCGCAGCCUGGUGGCUUGGAAGCGUCCAGCGAUGGUGAAGGCUUCCAGCGACCUGGCACCGCAACCACAGAAUCGGGUACUGAAGGCGGUGAUGUCGAGCAGUCUACGACUCUGGGAUCUUCUGUGACCGAAUCCGCGAGUGAAUCGCACCCUGAGGUCUCCCAGGCUUCCCAGGCUUCCCAGCCAACAGGCCAACAACCAGCAUCAGGGCUGAGACGCCAGGCCGAGCAAGCACAGCAACCUCCUCCCGCUCAACAAAGACCGCAGUUUAAGCUCCAGGCCAAGAUAACAGGUUUGGAACGGACUGGCAAGAAGGACCCUGUGCUUCGUUUCGAUGUUCAUACCAACCUCCCGUCGUUCCGAACCACGCAAUACCGAGAUGUCAGACGUCUGCAUUCCGAAUUCGUCAAGCUCGGAGAGCACCUCAUCUCUGCCAACCCCGAAGCCCUCGUCCCUGCGGUUCCGCCUCCUGUAACUGCCGCUGGUGCUGGAACGGACGAAGACGAGAACCGCGUCAAGGCCAUGAUGCAGCGAUGGUUUACUUAUGUCUGCAGCAGUGAGACUCUCAUGCGAGACGAUGAGAUGGUUUUAUUUGUUGAGAGCGAUUUUGGCUACAGCCCCUUGGUCAAGAUGAAGCAACCAGCCACAGGAGUCCGAAGAAAGAUCCUCAAGCAGUUUGCCCCUCCGCCUGAUGAUACCCCCGAGCUAGCAGAUGCUCGUCCCACCGUGAAGCUUUUCUACCUCGGAACCAUGGAUGCCGGCCACAAGGUUGACAAAAUGGUCAAAGCGAGAAGAGGACUUGGACUCGCUGAAUCCGACUACGGCGUCAAGCUCAGCAACAUGCACGUUCAAGAACCCCACCCGGGUCUCGCCAACGCCUACAAAAAGCUUGGCCGAGUGAUCCAGACAAUGGGCGACUACCACGCUGCCCAGGCCACCGCCCAAGCAGCCGCCAUAGGCGACCCCUUCCAAUACCACUCGCAAGACGCCUUCAUCGUCAAAGAGUCCCUUACUAACCGACAAAUCCUGAUCCGAGAAUUCCUUCAAUCCCAAGAAGCGACGCGAAGCAAACUCAAUGCCGCAGACCGUCUAAAAGCCAGCUCCAGCGUACGCCGUGAAAAGGUCGACGAAGCAAUCACUGCCCUCGAUGAUGCCCGCCACUUCGAAGCCAACCUAUACAGUAAAACCAACCGCGUGACACAAAACCUCAUCCACGAACGAAGGAAGUGGUUCUUUAGGACGGCUACAGAUCUCCGAAGCAGUAUCCGCGACUAUGUGCUCCGCGAAAUUGAUGCAGAGCGACGAACCCUUGCGCUUUUGGAGACGGUCCGGCCUGAUAUCCGCUCCAUUGACGCAUCGGGCGGUCUGAGCCGACUGGGUCGUGAAUCACACCCUACUGUGCGACGAUCAAGCAUGGCGUCCAGCCAGGGACCCAAGGGUGAUGCUUGGAGCGGCGUGCCCCGUCGGUCGGAUGCUACGCGCAGCACGUCGAGUAGCUUUAUGGGUAAGGUUACUGAGGAGAAUGAGCGUGCGGAGGAGGACGCGAGAGAGGGGCAGAGGAGCUCUGGAUUGGGGGGUCUGAAUGAGGAGGAUGAUGACGAUAGAAUUGAUGCGAGAAAUGCGGCGAGUAGGCUGGCUACCAGUACUUUUUAA